AUGGAGUUAAAUGAGUCGGAAGAAGAAAUACACACGGGCCCAAUAGAAAAUGCUUGGUCCAUGAAAAUACCUAAGUUCACGCCAGAUGAUAAUCCAAACGGGCUUUUGGAAGAAAGUAAAUUUGCAACGCUGUUUCCCAAAUAUCGUGAACAAUACCUUAAGGAGUGUUGGCCAUUAGUACAGAAAGUCCUUAAAGAACAUCACAUUGUUGCAGAAUUGGAUUUAAUAGAAGGGAGUCUUACUGUUAAAACUACAAGAAAAACUUGGGACCCGUAUAUCAUCAUAAAAGCGAGAGACUUUAUGAAGCUAUUAUCACGAAGUGUCCCUUUCGAACAAGCUGUUCGCGUUUUAGACGAUGACAUUGGAUGCGACAUUAUCAAAAUUAAUUCAUUUGUUACAAAAAAAGACACUUUUCUCAAAAGACGACAACGUUUAAUUGGGCCAAAUGGAGUAACAUUGAAGUCGAUAGAGCUCUUAACUGAAUGUUAUGUGUUAGUCCAAGGCAAUACUGUAUCAGCCGUAGGCCCUUAUAAAGGUCUAGUUCAGGUCAGGCGAAUUGUCGAAGACACCAUGAAAAAUAUACAUCCUAUGUAUAAUAUUAAAAGUCUUAUGAUAAAACGAGAAUUAAUGAAAGAUCCAAGAUUAAAAAAUGAAAGUUGGGACAGAUUUUUGCCUAAUUUCAAAAGUAAAAAUGUGCCAAGAAAACUGCCUAAAAAUAAAGUUAAAAAGAAGCCUUACACUCCAUUCCCACCUCCACAACCUGAAAGUAAAAUUGACAAAGAAUUAUCAACAGGUGAAUACUUUCUUAAAGAUGAUCAAAGGAAAGCCAAAAAGCGACAUGAAAAGGAAGAAAAACAACAAGAAGUUAAGAAAGCCAGAGAGGAGGCCCGGAAAAAAGAUUUUAUCCCACCCAUUGAAAAGAAAUAUGAAAGUUCUAUGCCGCAUGAAACUGUUGUUGAUAUUAAUGCAUUCAAGGCUAAAAUAAAAAAGGCUUCAAAAGAUAAAAGAAAGCCUAAGACAUAG